GUCAGCGACAUCACGCAACAGUGCUUUGAGCCCGGGGCCCAGAUGGUGAAAUGCGAUCCCCGACGAGGAAAGUAUAUGGCUUGUUGUCUACUCUUCCGAGGCGACGUGGUACCAAAGGAUGUAAACGCGGCUAUUGCUGCUGUAAAAACGAAACGUACAAUUCAAUUCGUAGAUUGGUCACCCACCGGCUUCAAGGUUGGCAUCAACUAUCAACCACCCACGGUGGUACCAGGAGCCGAUCUCGCGAAACUUCAGCGUGCAGUCUGUAUGCUUUCAAAUACUACGGCGAUUGCAGAAGCUUGGGCAAGACUUGACCACAAAUUCGACCUGAUGUAUGCAAAACGAGCAUUCGUUCAUUGGUAUGUUGGAGAAGGAAUGGAAGAAGGGGAAUUCAGUGAGGCCCGAGAAGACUUGGCGGCUCUCGAAAAAGACUAUGAAGAGGUGGGAAUCGAUGCAUCAGAUGGAGAAGAAGACGACGAAUACAGUCAAUAUUAA